GAGCCUGCAGUGGCCUCUGCCAGUCUGGCAGGCACUUGCAGAUCUCUCUGCUCAGCACCACCAAUCUCUGAUGCCCUGCGAUGCCCACACUCAAUACUUCUGCCUCUCCACCCACGUUCUUCUGGGCCAAUGCCUCCGGAGGCAGUGUGCCAAGUGCUGAUGAUGCUGCGAUGCCUGUCGAAUUCCUAGUCCUGAGGGUCACGGUUGCCCUGGCCUAUGGGCUUGUGGGGGCCAUUGGCUUGCUGGGAAAUUUGGCGGUGCUGUGGGUACUGAGUAACUGUGCCCGGCGAGCCCCUGGCCCACCUUCAGACACCUUCGUCUUCAAUCUGGCUCUGGCGGACCUGGGACUGGCACUCACUCUCCCCUUCUGGGCAGCCGAGUCGGCACUGGAUUUUCACUGGCCCUUUGGAGGUGCCCUCUGCAAGAUGGUUCUGACGGCCACUGUCCUCAACGUCUAUGCCAGCAUCUUCCUCAUCAUGGUACUGAGUGUUGCUCGCUACUGGGUGGUGGCCAUGGCUGCGGGGCCAGGUACCCACCUCUCACUCUUCUGGGCCCGAAUAGCCACCCUGGCAGUGUGGGUGGCAGCUGCCCUGGUGACGGUGCCCACAGCUGUUUUUGGGGUGGAGGGUGAGGUAUGGGGUGUGCGUCUUUGCCUGCUGCGCUUCCCCAGCAGGUACUGGCUGGGGGCCUACCAGCUACAGAGGGUGGUGCUGGCUUUCAUGGUGCCCUUGGGCGUCAUCACCACCAGCUACCUGCUGCUUCUGGCCUUCCUGCGGCGACGGCAACGGCGGCGGCAGGACAGCAGGGUCGUGGCCCGCUCUGUCCGCAUCCUGAUGGCUUCCUUUUUCCUCUGCUUGUUUCCCAACCAUGUGGUCACUCUCUGGGGUGUCCUGGUGAAGUUUGACCUGGUGCCAUGGAACAGCACUUUCUAUACUAUCCAUACAUAUGUCUUCCCUGUCACUACAUGCUUGGCUCACAGCAACAGCUGCCUCAACCCUGUGCUGUACUGUCUCCUGAGGCGGGAGUCCCGGCAGGCUCUGGCAGACACCUUCAGGGAUCUGCGAUCCAGGCUGUGGCCCCAGGGUGGAGGCUGGGUGCAAUAAGUAGCCUUAAAGCGGGCAGGCAGGCGGUGGGUCUUGAGCAACCCCCUGGAGUGCGGCCCUUCUACCCUGCUCACCAACCUGGACAGAUGGACACCGAGUGAAGGGCGCAAGCUGAAUACACUCCUCUUUCUGAGAUCCACCAAGUGUAGGAUACUUGAGUCCUGGGGAGAAGCUGCUCCCUCUGCCAGGCUGCAGCGCCCUCAGAGAAAAGGCUCAUCUUUGAUCCCCAGUUCUGCGUGUGGUGAAUGGGGGAAGCGGGGGCCCAGAUCAGAGCUGGGUGUGACAAAGCUUAAGUCUUUAUUAGGAGAUGGAAAAGAGGAGGAUCUGAGAAUAAACCUCUGGAUU